AUGCACAUCUUGCUUCCUGCCAUUGGCGUUGGAGUCUAUCUCGUAGCCGUCGACCAGCUCCUUGCAGUUGCAACAUAUGCCAGAAUUGGCAGCGAGCUAAAUGCGUUGAACAACACAAGCUGGAUCGCCACCGCCUUUCAGCCUCUCUACGGCAAGCUCAGCGACAUUUUCGGUCGCAAGGCGUGCCUCUUGUUUGCAUAUGCCGUCUUCGGCAUUGGCUGCUUGGGAUGCGGCUUGGCCCAGAGCAUGACACAGCUUUGUGUUGCUCGAGCAAUUGCUGGUAUUGGCGGAGGAGGAAUGAGUUCAGUUGUGUCGAUUCUGCUGUCUGAUAUUGUUCCCCUGCAAGAGCGCGGCGUCUGGCAGGGCUAUAUCAACGUGGUAUAUGCUGCUGGAACUUCCACUGGAGGCCCAUUGGGAGGACUUUUUGCUGACUCUCUCGGGUGGCGAUGGUCUUUCAUGAUUCAGGCCCCCAUGUGCUUGGUAGCCUGGGUCUCAGUAUACUUCAUCCUCGACCUCGAACCUCCUUCAAAGGACCACUGGGCCUCAAAAGUUCGCCAGAUCGAUUUCCUGGGCGCCUUCACCCUUGUUCUCGCCGUUGUUUCUCUCUUGACCGGCCUAGACUCCGGUCCAAACCUUGGAUGGUCCAACCGCAUCACCAUCGUCUCCCUCAGUCUUACGCCCGUCCUGUUUGCCCUAUUCUUGUUCGUGGAGAUGAAAAUUGCCAAGCACCCGUUCGCCCCGGGCCACAUCAUCCUCAGCCGAGACUUGCUUCCCUGUUACAUCGUCAACAUGUGCGGCAUGGCGGGUGAAAUGGCCGUCAUGUUCUUUGUACCGCUGUACUUUCAGGCCGUCGAAGGACUAAGUGCCACGGCGAGCGGCUCAAUGCUUGUUCCUGCAACCAUAGCCGGCGUGUUGGGGUCUCUCGCGGGCGGUUGGAUUAUCAAGAGGACCGGCAAGUUUUACUGGCCGACGGUGAUUAGCUACGGCAUCUUGUUCUUCUCAAUGGUGCCUCUGAUUGUUUCAGUCUGGUUCCGUUCACUGAUUGGCACUAAUACUGGAUUCGUUCUUUCAGCCGUUGGCAACGGAGGUGGCAUUACCACCGUUCUCAUCGCUCUUCUUGCCAAUGCGGCCACCGAGGACACCGCAGUUGCCAUCGCCUGCUCGUAUCUCUUCCGCUCACUAGGCUCCAGCGUCGGCGUCGGUGCCAGUUCUGCCGUGCUCCAGCAGGUUUUGAGGACACAACUAGCUUCCCGUAUCGGAGACGAUGCCGGCCAGGUUGAAGAAAAAGUGCGCCAGAGUCUAGACGCCAUCAAACAUCUGCCGCCACUAGUGGCUGAACAGGUUCGCUCGAGCUACCAGACGGCCAUCGUUGGGUCCUUUGUACCGUCAAUUUUGUUUGGCCUUGUGUGUUUUACUGCUACGUUUUGGAUUAAGGAGAAGUCUCUCAAGCGGUAG